GCGUGCGCGUAUGGCAAAGUUUAGUGAAUUGUUGCUAGCGGAUUGUUUGUGCUUUCGCCGUUUGCCGGUCUCACGUGCGGGCUUUUUGAAAACCAUACAUUUGGAAUAUACAUCUGGCUGUUAUGUGUAUAGUGUAUGUGUGUAGUAUAAAGUGGAACAACAAAAACAAAAGGAAAAUAAUGUUCAAUUUAGUUAAUGAUGCCAUUCUCAAAAUUUGAAAGAACAAAUAUUUAUUAAUGUGCAGACGCUGGUGUGUGGCGUAAAAAAGUGUUCAAUAUUCGUAGUAGUGAUAAAUUAAUAUUCGGCAUUUGAGACAGAACCACUUGAUGCUGCAGUGCCGCACAAGUCAAUGCUACUACUCUUCAGCAAUAACUGGUGUUCGCUACAAUUAGCUCAGAGUGUCAAUUUAUUGUUGUUUUUGCUGUUUUUGGUGAAUAAUUCUAAUCCAUAAAGAUAUACAUACAAAUUUAUACAACCCAUUGUGUGCUUAAUGCGACUUCCGUUGAUUGUGUUUUCAGUGAAUUAAAUCCAGCUGUUGGCGUUGGUUGUAAGGGUGGUGAUGAUACCCACAAUGAUGCACAAUGUGUUGCUCUUGAAAGAGACAAAGUGUUCAGAGCUGUAAUGGUGCUUUUGUGACCGACAAUUGGUUUGGUGGCGCGAGUGUGACCAUGUAUAUAAUGUAAACGAGUAUAUAAAUACAAAUUUUACAUAAAAAAAUUAAAAAAAAAGUGUUGAAAAAGUGCAUCAUAAAAAAGAAAAGAAAUAAAAAACCAAAUUACAACAACACAAUUGCAUAUUAAAAUACAAAAAAAAAAACACAAAAGUUCAAAAAACUGGACGCAUUGUUUCCAUGCUUCUUUCUAUCUGUUCUUCUUUGGCUUUUUGGUUUAACAACAACAGCACGGUGUUUGUGCCGAAUUAAGUGUUGACGUAGUGCGUAUAAACUGGCCUGGAAAGCAACUCGACCUCAACAAUAAAACAACAAACAUGUAUUCGGCGGUGCGCACAAACGACUUUGUUGAAUAUCCCGAAUCGGAGAUGGACGACCUGGAGAGCCUCUACUUUGACACAAUCUCGCUGGCGGACUCUGAGGCCGCAGCCGCUGUGGCUGCUGCACACCGCAAAUCACUCUCCCAAUCACGCAACACCAUCUAUCACUCGGCGGUGGAUCUAGCCGGCGAAGAUACGCCGUCGAAACGGCGCAGUUUGCGCUCGGAAAAUGGCAGCAGCAGGAGCAAUUCCUCAGCAGCGACAGCGGCAGCCGCGGCGGCGGCCGCUAUGAACAAUCCGAACAGCCGUUUGCCAUACAAUCUGAAUUACCGUCACUCAUCCGCUUUGGAACACUACAACAACAGUGCGAACAAUGCGAAUGGCAACAAUGCCAAUGCUGGCGUUGCGGAUCAAACGGAUGCAGCGAUUGCUGCGCAAGUCAUGGCAAUGCACAACGGCCGCACGCAUGCGUACGGCAACAGUCUCAGCCACAGCCACAGCAACAGCGCGGGCGGCGGCGGCGGUGGCAGUAAAAGCAACAGCACACCGCAUCUGAAUGCCGAUGAGGUCUCUAAGCGUCUCUUACAAAGUAGUACAAAUACUAGUAAAGAUAAGAAAUUGCCAAUUACGUACUCCCAGUGGAAAUUUAGGACACGUCGACGCUUCCAAGAUGGCAAACGCAGUGUGGACUUCGUGCUGGCCUACAUCGGCGAUGAUGAUUAUAUACCCGAAAAUAGACGAAAACGUGAAAUAUUCGAAACGAAUUUAAUCAAAGAAGGACUGCAUUUGGAGCAUGACAAUACGCAGCGCAUACAUUUCAUUAAAAUCCAUGCACCACUCGAAGUGCUCUGCCGUUAUGCGGAGAUUUUGAAGAUCAAAUUGCCAAUGAAGAAGAUACCCGGUCAGGAGCUUAUAGAGGAGGAUGAUUUUCGCAUCAAAGAUUGUCUUACCACCGCUUGCAGUCGCUUCUUUAGUUGGUUAAAAGUUAGUCCGGAGCGUCCAUAUCGCAUACACUUUGAGUUCUCCCGCAAUUAUGAGCAUUUAUUCGACUGGGAGCAACCGAAUUUCUUCGAUGCUGGCGUGCGCAAUUCGAUCAUCAAUUUCAUAUUGGAACGUCAGAAUUUCGUCGAAGGCGAAGAAACACCUGAUAAUUUGGGUAUUGAGAAAUUGUUGGAGGAUCGUGUCUACCAUAGCGCAUACCCGCUGCAUGAUGAUACGGACCGUGACUUCCUGCUACAAGAAUGGGCCACGCUCAGAAAGUGGAUACACUUGCAACCACUAGACAGCAUAAAGGAAUACUUUGGUGCGAAAGUUGCCUUAUAUUUUGCCUGGUUGGGUUUCUACACACACAUGCUAAUACCCGUCAGUGUAUUGGGUAUAUUGUGUUUCGUUUAUGGAUUCGUAACGUGGAAUAGUGAUCCCAUAAGCCGUCAAAUUUGCAACGACAACCAAACAACGCUUAUGUGUCCACAAUGUGAUCGGAAUUGUGACUUCUGGCUGUUGGAGAAGACUUGCAACUCAUCGAAAAUGAAUUAUCUGAUAGAUAACAAUAUAACUGUAGUGUUUGCAUCGAUAAUGGCGCUUUGGGCUGUGUUCUACUUGGAGCUCUGGAAACGUUACUCGGCCACUUUAGUGCAUCGUUGGGGCUUGACAACCUUCUCACAACACGUUGAGCAUCCGCGUCCGCAAUAUUUGUCCAAACUGCAGAAGCACAAAGAUAUCACCGAGCGUUGGAAGAAGAGUCAUAAUAUACUCGAACCGGAUGUGCCGUUUUGGCGCAUCAAAUUCCUGCCCAGCUUCACCAGCUACAGCAUUAUGGUGCUGUUUAUCUGCGUCUCACUCAUCGCCAUCUUCUCCAUGAUCGUCUAUCGCAUGGCGCAGAAAGCGUCGCACAGCAUUUUGGGCAGCGACAAUUCGAUGACCUACAAAAUAAUGGUGCUUCCCAUGACUGCCGGCAUCAUCGAUCUAAUCGUAAUCUCCAUGCUCGAUUAUGUCUACACUUCGUUGGCCGUCUAUCUCACGAAUAUGGAAUAUUGUCGCACACAAACCGAAUACGAUGAGAGUCUGACUGUUAAAAAUUAUAUCUUUCAAUUCGUCAACUACUACUCCUCGCUGUUUUACAUUGCCUUUCUGAAGGGCAAAUUCGUCGGCUAUCCUGCCAAAUACAAUCGCAUUUUGGGCUUCCGACAGGAAGAGUGCAACCCCGGUGGUUGUCUGAUGGAGCUUUGCAUGCAGCUGGUCAUCAUUAUGGUCGGUAAGCAGGCGGUUAAUGCCAUCGUAGAGAUGUUCUUCCCAUAUAUCAUGCGCUGUAUACGCAAACUCUCCGCGCGUAUGGGCAUGCGCAAAGUGGAGAGCGAAGAGAAGCUGAUAUCGUGCAAUCAGUGGACUGAAGACUAUCAUCUGGAGCCGUCGAAUACGAAUUCGCUGUUCUCGGAGUAUUUGGAAAUGGUGCUGCAAUUUGGCUUCAUCACACUCUUCGGUUUAGCUUUCCCGCUAGCGCCGUUGCUCGCCUUGAUCAACAACGUCAUUGAAGUGCGUUUGGAUGCCAUAAAAAUGCUGAAGCUUAUACGGCGUCCAGUCGCACAGCGCGCCAGCAACAUCGGCGUGUGGUACAACAUGAUGGCGAUUGUCGCGCGCAUUGCCGUGGCUUCAAGCGCCAUGAUCAUUGCAUUCUCCACAAAUCUCAUACCGAAACUGGUCUACACAACUGCCACAAAUGACGCGUCCCUAGAGGGUUAUCUGAACUUCACGCUGGCGUACUUCAACACAGAGGACUUCCAGGUGCAACCAGUGCUGCAUGGGAGCAUCUACGAGAAUGCCACCUCCUGCCGUUAUACCGAAUUCCGUAAUGCUCCAUGGGAUGAUAAUCCCUAUAAGCGUCCAACAUAUUAUUGGAAGAUACUAACGGGACGUCUAGCGUUUAUCGUAGUUUUUCAGAAUGUCAUCGGCGUCAUACAAGGCAUCAUCGCCUGGGCCAUUGCCGAUGAGCCAAGCAAGCUGCGCAAGCGCAUCAAACGCGAGGGCUUCCUGCUGCGCGAACACAUAAUCGAAUAUGAAAAGAAAACGGCCGCCGAAAAGGCAGCAGCGCGUCGUGCCAUAGACGAAGCGCAGUAUGAAGAUGAGAAAUUGCCCAACUCCAUGGAUUACUAUGGGAGCAACAAGGAGUCGGCGUCACAGCCGCAACGCAACGGUGAUUAUGGCGACAAUGAUCCCACAGUCGUCUAUAGAAAUGAGCGCACAACGCCGCUGUAGAACAACGAAUUGUUAACUGUAAUAUACGCUAUAAAUAGUUUUACUUUGUAGGGCUAGAAGUUAGGGCUCUUAUGCAUACAUACAAGCAUAUAUAGUUUUAUAUGGGUUAUGUAAUGGUUAGUGUUAAGCAGGUGCAAGUGUAAAAUGGUAGUUGGCAAGUUAGUUGGUUGUAGAUAUUUUUCUAUAAUUACAUUUUUUAAAUUUAUUUUUUAUAUUUUUUUAAUAUAUAUUUUUUUUUAUUUCUUUUUUUAAUUUUUUUAAAUUUUUUUUUUAUUUUUUUUUUGUAACUAAUUUCGAAUAUGUCUAGACUGCAUUUAAAAUGCACCGCACACACAUGCAUACAUACCUACGUUAAAUUCGUAAGUCCGUUUGUGCAUUUUUUAACUCUGUUAUAUCGAAAUACCGUUAUUGUUAGGUACUUAAAGUGUUUUUUUAGCUAAAACAUCACCGUUGUUGCGCAUGUAACUGUUAACCAUGUAAUAUAUAUUUAAAUUUUUUUAGAAAAUAUUGCUAAUUAGCAUAACAAAAACAUAAAGGUGACAAACAUAGUAACAAAAACUGCUCAACAAAAUAUUCAUAAAUUUUUCAUAGUAAUUUGUAAUAUGCAAAAUCGAAAUUACAUAUAUAUGUAAGUAAUUAGGCUAUAUAUACACAACAGCUAUUGCAGAGAGAAGCAAUAAAAAUAUAAAUAUAUUUAAUUUCAAUGCAAAAACCUGAAAACG